AAACGUGUGUAGUAUUAUUUAUUCCUUUUAUUUUUCGUAGGAACGUCGGUAGUAUUUGAUCGAUCAUAAGAAACUAGAGGAAAAUCUUCCUCAUGUAAAUCACCUAACCGACUAUUUGCAACUCACCAUGUAUAUAUAUAUAUAUAUAUCUGUCACCACUCGCCUAUAAAUAUAAUAUCAUAAACCAUAUUAUAUAUGUUUAUAUAUCAUACCCCAUGUCAGGUUGUUGCUUGUACAAUUUACUUGAACAUUAAACAUUAUGAACGAAACAGAGUCCACCUAGCUUGUUCAUUGUAGUAACCCCAACAAAUCGAUUAAUUGUUUGACAGAAUCCGAUUCCUGCAAAAAAAUAAUGGCAGCUUUGGAACCCUGGAAACAAAAACAACAGCCCCACUUUGUGUUAAUCCCAUUAAUGGCUCAAGGCCAUAUGAUUCCCAUGAUAGACAUGGCCAGACUCUUUGCCGAGCGUGGAGUAUACGUUAGCCUAGUAACCACCCCCCAUAAUGCCUCCAGAUUCGAGUCAAUCAUUACUCGGGCAUCCCAUUCCGGACUCCCAAUCAAGCUCGUCCAAUUCCCAUUCCCGAGCCAAGAAGUAGGCCUCCCAAUCGGGUACGAGAAUCUCGACAGUUUGCCAUCUAGAAACCUCUUGGGACAAUUCUACAAAGCUCUCAACAUGCUUCAGAAACCACUGGAAUCAUACCUCGAAAGGAAUCCGAUUCCGAUCACUUGCAUAGUCUCUGACAAGUGUUUGUUUUGGACUUCUGAAACCGCCAAGAAGUUUAAUAUUCCAAGAAUCGUUUUUCACGGCAUGUGCUGCUUUUCUCUCUUAGCUUCUCAUAACAUCAAGCUCCACAACUCUCAUAAUUCGGUCAAUUCCGAUUCCGAGCCAUUCCCGAUUCCGGAACUACUGCCUCAUCGUCAAAGAAUUGAAAUCACGAGAGCCCAGUUGCCAGGAGCGUUCGUUACUCAGCCAGACUUGGAUGAUUUCCGAGACAGAAUGAAGGAGGCCGAAACGACGGCGUUUGGGGUCGUGGUCAACAGUUUUGAUGAGCUGGAGAAAGGGUGUUCCGUGAAAUACGGUAAAGCCUUAAACAACAAAGUGUGGUGUAUUGGACCGGUUUGUCUUUCCAAUAAGAACGAAUUGGAUAAAUUGGAGAGAGGGAACCGGACCUUGAUAAACGACAGGGAGUGUUUACAAUGGCUUGACACAAUGGAACCAAACUCAGUCGUUUAUGCAUGUCUUGGUAGUCAAUGUCGUUUAGUUCCUUCACAGCUUAUAGAGCUGGGGUUGGGGUUGGAAGCCUCUGGUCAACCCUUUAUAUGGGUGGUCAAACCAGGAGAAAAGUUUUAUGAGUUUGAGAAUUGGCUAAAGGAGGAAAGAUUUGAGGAAAGGAUUAAGGGAAAAGGUAUGUUGAUAAUGGGUUGGGCCCCACAGAUUCUGAUAUUAGCCCAUAAAUCAAUUGGUGGGUUUCUGACUCACUGUGGCUGGAAUUCGACUAUUGAAGCUGUUUGUUUUGGUUUGCCAAUGAUAACUUGGCCUCUUUUUGCUGAGCAAUUUUUGAAUGAGAAAUUGGUUGUAGAAGUUUUGAGGAUUGGUGUUAGGGUUGGUGUUGAAGUUCCGGUUAGGUGGGGUGAUGAAGAAAAAAUUGGGGUGUUGGUUAAGAGAGAUGAAGUGAGGAGAGCCGUUGAGAUUUUGAUGAUGGACCGUGGAGAUGAUGAUGAAGUGAAAAAUAGAAGAGAAAGAGCUAGAAUACUUGGAGAUAUGGCUAAAAGAGCUACUGAUCAAGAAGGUAGUGGGUCUUCUUAUUUGAACAUAUCAUCUUUGAUCAAAGAUGUAGCUAAUUAUUAUUCUUAAGUUAAGUAAUUAAACUAACAUUAUAUCAUCUCUAUUUUGUAAGUAUUAUUUGGAGUCAUGUAAUAAGUAAUAUUUUUGAAUAUAUUUUUUUUCGAGAAAUUUAUUGUGCACCCUUUUAAAGAAAUAUUUUGGUGCAUCCUCAUGAGUUUCGAGCUUUUUAAA